AUGGGAGGUGAAAGGAAGAAGAUAUUGAUGGGUCUAAUGGUGGCAAUGAUUUUGGGAUUUGCAGUCUAUUUCAGGCUUUGGACAAUCGACUAUGCUAUCUCCUCUGAUGACACUGAGUUGAUAAGAAGACAGUUUGAUCUUGCCAACAGGGAAGCAUUGGAUGAAUCUGCCGAGUGGAGAAUAAAAUAUGACGAGGAGGUAGAGAGAGCUGCCAAGUGUGAUAAGCAACUUAUAGAGCUCAUGGAAUUGUCAAAACUUACACAUUUCUGUUAUAUGAUUUCAAUGAUACCUUAUGUUGCUGGUGGGAUUGGAGCAAUGAUAUUCAUGUUGGGAGCAUAG